UAUUGUUUUGGUCCCCGAACCUUUCAAAAGAAGAAGAAAAAUUCUUUGUUGUCAAACGCCGGUGAUUCAGUGAUAUUGAGUCGAGUGUACUGUGUAUUACCUAGAAUCAUGGCCACUGAACGUUACAGCUUCUCUUUAACCACUUUUAGUCCUUCUGGAAAGCUAGUGCAGAUUGAGUAUGCACUGGCAGCAGUAGCAGCUGGGGCUCCUGCAGUUGGUAUUAAGGCUAAAGAUGGAGUUGUCUUGGCAUCAGAGAAGAAACACAAGUCAAUCUUGGUUGAGGAACAUUCCAUAAUCAAGGUUGAAAUGAUUACAGACCACAUUGGGAUGGUUUACAGUGGAAUGGGACCAGAUUACAGGCUGCUAGUUCGCCAAGCACGGAAGGUUGCACAGCAGUAUUACCGGACAUACUUGGAGCCUAUCCCGACAACCCAGCUAGUUCAAAGACUAGCUGCUAUUAUGCAGGAAUACACUCAGUCAGGAGGUGUGCGACCAUUUGGUGUGAGUCUGUUGAUCUGUGGAUGGGAUGGUGAUCGCCCAUACUUGUUCCAGUGUGAUCCUUCAGGAGCUUAUUUCCCAUGGAAGGCAACUGCAAUGGGGAAAAAUUUCAUAAAUGGAAGGACAUUUUUAGAAAAAAG